AUGUAGAUUCCUGGGCACUUAAGAGACUCUAAAUUGGCAAGGCUGGGGUGGGCCCAAAGGUAACAAGUGCCCAGGUAAUUCCGAAGCCUGGUGCCUAAGGACUACUCCUGGAGAGUCAGGGCCUCCUUGUUGUAUGCUGGGUAGCUUCAGGCAUCAGGCUGUUUCUUCCCUAACCUUUCUCAGCAUCUGCUCUGGGCUGACCAGUGUUGGGAGGAGGCCCUAAUGGAGCUCCCUGUCUUGGUAGGAGAGGCAGAUGGAGAAAUUGAGUGUGUGGUCAGUGCUGGAACAGAGGCAGCAUUGGGCAAUGGCGGCAGUGAAUAACUAAGACUCUGGAGGGCUCUCUGGAGGAAGUCAUGUUUAUUCUGGGCCUCAGGAUUUGAUCCUUGUUUGUGUAUUACUUGUUUUUUUUUUUUUUUUUCCCUGUGGGUCAUCCCCACCAGAUGGCAGGCAAGUUCAUAGAAACGAUCAAGUCUCAGAUCUCUGCCCUCAGAGCUGGCACAAGGCCUGGCACAGAGAAGAGGACAAUAUUGGUUAAAUCAGCUGACCUGAGCAAAGAGAAAUGGCUGAUGGAGAGGUCACAGGGCCUCAGGAUUAAAUGCAUUUUCAUGCUCAGCACCCUCACUUCCUCCCUUUGUGAGAUCUAACAUGGAGUUAAUGGUGGAAAUUCCUCAUCAUGUUGUAAACAUUUGUUACCUCUGUUCCUCUCCUCCUCUCUUCACUAGACUGAGCUGUUCAAAGUCUGUACUAGGAAUGAGGCACAAAGCAGACUCUCAAAACGUUUGUUGAAUACAGGAGUGAAUGAAUGAGUUCAAGGAGAAGCUGUGCAUUGGCUAUUGAAGAUUCCAGCUAAAAGGGGGCUUAUAGGAAAGCCCCAAGCUGUGUUGAGCCAGAUGUCCCUCCCCAUUUUCUAGCAGCCCCCUUCUGCUCAAGCUGACAAGGACAAGGCAGGUGCAGGAUUUGAAAGUAAAUAUAUAGGUGGGGCAAGUUGAGGAUGGGAGCAGCAGCUGGGACUUUGGAGAUGGGCUUGAGAAGCUAGAAACGCGGAACAGCAGCACCUAGUUAUCUAGACCGAGCUUGUUGGGGCUACAGGUGGAGGAAUCUGGGGGUCACGUGAGGUCUGCGUAUGGUGAGAAGUGCAGAACGGACCCUCUGUCCUAAAGGUCUCCACACACAGGGAUCAGCAGGAUGCGAUGAGUCGGGGCGGGAACCUGGCCACCACGCCUGGGGUAGGGACAGUCCCCGCUGGGGGCGGGGAGUGCGAAACCUCCUGGCACCGCCCCGACAAAGCCUGCGCGCGCCCGGUUCCGCGAUUGGCCGCGCCUCCUCGCGCCGACGCCCCGUCCCGCCCACCGCCGCCGGUCCGGUGCGCUGCAGCCAACGGGUGCUGUCGCCGUCGCCCACGUCACAGUCCAGACAGCCAAUGAUGGGAGCGCUCCGCGGCUCGUGGCUCUUUCGCGGCAAAAAGGAUUUGGCGCGUAAAAGUGGCCGGGACUUUGCAGGCAGCGGCGGCCGGGGGCGGAGCGGGAUCGAGCCCUCGCCGCGGCCUGCAGCCAUGGGCCCGCGCCGCCGCCGCCGCCUGCCACCCGGGCCGCGCGGGCCGUGAGCGCCAUGGCCGUGGCCGGGGCCCCCGCAGGCGGCCCAUGCGCGCCGGCGCUGGAGGCCCUGCUCGGGGCCGGCGCGCUGCGGCUGCUCGACUCCUCGCAGAUCGUCAUCAUCUCCACGGCGCAGGACGCCAGCGCCCCGCCGGCCCCCGCCGGUCCCGCCGCGCCCGCUGCCGGCCCCCGCGACCCCGACCUGCUGCUCUUCGCCACGCCGCAGGCGCCCCGGCCCACACCCAGCGCGCCGCGCCCUGCACUCGGCCGCCCGCCGGUAAAACGGAGGUUGGACCUGGAAACUGACCAUCAGUACCUGGCCGAGAGCAGCGGGCCAGCCCGGGGCAGAGGCCGCCACCCAGGAAAAGGUGUGAAAUCCCCAGGGGAGAAGUCACGCUAUGAGACAUCGCUGAAUCUGACCACCAAACGCUUCCUGGAGCUGCUGAGCCGCUCAGCUGAUGGUGUUGUUGAUCUGAACUGGGCGGCUGAGGUGCUGAAGGUGCAGAAACGGCGCAUCUAUGACAUCACCAAUGUCCUCGAGGGCAUCCAGCUCAUUGCCAAGAAGUCCAAGAAUCACAUCCAGUGGCUAGGCAGCCAUGCAGCAGUGGGGAUCAGUGGGCGGCUUGAAGGACUGACCCAGGACCUCCGGCAACUGCAGGAGAGUGAGCGGCAGCUGGACCACCUCAUCCAUAUCUGUACUGCCCAGCUGCGGCUGCUUUCUGAGGACUCUGACAGCCAGCGCCUGGCCUACGUGACCUGCCAGGACCUUCGUAGCAUCGCAGACCCUGCAGAGCAGAUGGUUAUGGUGAUUAAGGCUCCUCCAGAGACCCAGCUCCAAGCCAUAGACUCCUCAGAGACCUUUCAGAUCUCCCUUAAGAGCAAACAAGGCCCCAUUGACGUUUUCCUGUGCCCUGAGGAGAGUGCAGGCGGGAUCAGCCCUGGGAAGACCUCAUCCCAGGGGACAGCUUCUGGGGAGGAGGACAGGGCAGUUGACCCUGCUACCACAGUGCCACCACCGUCAUCUCCCUCCUCAUCCCCUGCUGCGGAUCCCAGCCAGUCCCUGCUCAGCCUGGAGCAAGAACCUCUGCUUUCCCGGAUGGGUGGCCUGCGGGCCCCUGUGGACGAGGACCGCCUGUCCCCGCUGGUGGCGGCCGACUCGCUCCUGGAGCAUGUGCGGGAGGACUUCUCCGGCCUCCUCCCUGAGGAGUUCAUCAGCCUGUCCCCUCCCCACGAGGCCCUCGACUACCACUUUGGCCUUGAGGAGGGUGAGGGCAUCAAAGACCUCUUCGACUGUGACUUUGGGGACCUUACCCCCUUGGAUUUCUGACGGGGCUUCGGGGGACCAGGGCCUCCUGAGAUCCCACCCUGUCUCUGCAGCCCUGGAGCCCCCUGCCCCUGGCCGUCCCCCCAGCCCGAUUGGAAAUGUUUAAUUUAUACCCUAUCUCCCCUAUCUCUGGAAGCUUCUAGCUCUGGAGUCUGGCUAUGGCCAGGAGGCUGAGCAAGCCAGGAAGGGAAGGAUUCUGUUUGUGGUGUGUAUGUGCAUGCACCCAGCACCCAACAUGUGUGUACACGGGGUGAGUGGUGUGUGAGCAUGUGUGUGUGCAUGUACCGGGGAAUGAAGGUGAACACAUCUGUGCGUGCACUGAAAACACGCCCCAGUGUGUCCACGUGUGUGUGCAUGAGUCCAUGUGUGCGCGUGGUGGGGGCUCUAACUGCACUUUUGGUCUCCUUGCUCCAGGGGCCCCACGAGGCCCAGGGUGGCCACCUGCCCCCAGAAUCCUGCGUGCUGACCAGGCCAGGUGGAGAGGCCUUGGCCUGCUUGUUUGCAGGACAGCGAGAGCACUUCUGUCGUCUUAAAAGGUUUUUCUGAUCGAAGCUUUAAUGGAGCGUUAUUUAUUUAUCAAGGCCUCUUUGGCAAGCCUGGGGCACCAGCUAAGGGUAGGAAGGAUGUGGGACUGAUGCCCCAACUCCCUAUACGCCUGAGCGAGGGCGGGGGUCCCUAAGCUGUAAUUUGCCCCACUCCGAAGGAGCUGAGGCCUGAGCGGUUUAUUUAUUGGGAUAUUGAGGGAGGGAGACAGACUGACUGACUGACAGCCAUGGGUGGAUUGAGGGGGUGGUCCCUUCCCAGGGGGUCACUGCAGGACCCCAUCUGCCCCCCAGGAUGGAUGUGAGAUGGGAGAGGUGAGUGGGGGACCUUCACUGACAGGGUGGGCAGGAGGGGUGGGUGAAGGGCUGCUCCUAGCCCAGACCACAGGGGCCCCUCCUGUGGCAUUUGAAGUGCCCCCUCUACCCCACUUCUUGCUCUGCCCCACCCUCCAAUCUGCACUUUGAUUUGCCUUCCUAACUGCUCUGUUCCCUCUUGCUUUGGUUUUAAUAAAUAUUUUGAUGGUG